GCCGGUUUCUGGAGUCUUCCAAUUCUAAGCGUUUUGGGUGGGGCUGUCUAGAGUUUCUCUCGUAUCUCCUCGCCCAAAACCAUCCCAUUCACUUCUCUCAGUAGUUAGGAUAGCUUUUUGCUGAGGUUCCGUGUCAGAAUCAUCAAAGCUGUAGCCUUAAUGCUUCUCUUUGAUCUUAUACUAAAUCCCUCAAUUAUUACAUCUCCUUCUGCUUCCUCCCUUCCCUCUUUUAUCUAUGGUUCGGUCUCAGAAAUUCGUCGACAAUUCCUAGUUACGAUUGGUUCUUCCGCUUCCCUACCCCUUUCUAGUUUUAAUUUCUUUGUUUAGGUAAUAGUAAUGGCUGACGGGGAUGAGAAAAGCACUGAUUUUUACGCUGUUUUGGGUCUGAAGAAGGAAUGCACUGCAUCAGAGCUAAGAAAUGCAUAUAAGAAGCUAGCUUUGCGAUGGCAUCCAGACCGAUGCUCGGCGUCAGGGAAUUCCAAUCUCGAGGAUGAAGCGAAGAAAAAUUUCCAGUCAAUACAAGAAGCUUAUUCUGUUCUCUCAGACGCAAAUAAAAGGUUUCUGUACGACUUGGGAGCAUACGACGGCGAUGAUAAUGACGAAAAUGGGAUGGGCGAUUUUUUGGGUGAAAUGGCGGUGAAGAUGAAGGAGACCAAGUCCAGUGAGAAAGGCAAGGAGAGCUUCGAAGAUCUUCAGGAACUGUUCGACGAAAUGUUCCAGAGUGACCCGGACGCCUCUCCUCCCGCCCCUUCUUUUUCUUCUAUUAAUUUUCACAACGACAAUAGCAAUGAGAACAAGAGAGCUUGUUCCGGGCUGAAAUCCCAGAGAUCCAGCAAUUUCGAUACGGAAGCCAUGCAAAUUCCCAGUUUCUGUAUUGGAGACAGGGAGAAGGGAGGCAAGAUUCCAAGGGGAAAGGAGGAAAGGGAAGGCGGAGGAACACUAUUUGGAGGAAAUCAUGAUGCGUCAGGAAGAGAUUUAAAAAACAAGAAAAGGAUUUCUUUGGGUUUGAUCUAAGAUGGAGAUCACAGCUCCUCUACUUAUUGUUGUUGUCUCGGUGUUCAUAUCACUGAAGAAUUUUAGAACCAUUAUUAGCCAUGGCAUGUAAAACUAUUAUAUUGCUUCCGUAAUAGGUUUGGCAAUACAAUUUCCUCGGCUACCAAUGGUAUUUGUAAAAGAAAAGAAAAAACAAAACCAAAGAAAAGCUCUUAAAAUAUAAAAUUAAUCCCUAUUUUAGGAUCA